GGGACGCCAUUCCCACAAUGCUCUGGGGCGGGCCGCCGCCGUCGCUGCCGCCUCCGCUACCGCUAGUGGAAGAAGAUGGCGGAAGGCGGAGCAGCGGAUUUGGACAUCCAGCGGUCUGACAUCGCGACGCUGCUCAAAACCCCGCUCCGGAAAGGGGACACCUGGUACCUAGUCGAUAGUCGCUGGUUCAAACAGUGGAAAAAAUAUGUUGGCUUUGACAGUUGGGACAAAUACCAGAUGGGAGAUCAAAAUGUAUAUCCUGGACCCAUUGAUAACUCUGGGCUUCUUAAAGAUGGUGAUGCCCAGUCACUUAAGGAGCAUCUUAUUGAUGAAUUGGAUUACAUACUGUUGCCAACUGAGGGCUGGAAUAAACUUGUCAGCUGGUACACAUUGAUGGAAGGUCAGGAACCAAUAGCACGGAAGGUGGUUGAACAGGGUAUGUUUGUAAAGCACUGCAAAGUAGAAGUAUAUCUCACAGAAUUGAAGCUCUGUGAAAAUGGAAACAUGAACAAUGUUGUAACUCGAAGAUUUAGCAAAGCUGACACAAUAGAUACAAUUGAAAAGGAAAUAAGAAAAAUCUUCAAUAUUCCAGAUGAAAAGGAGACCAGAUUGUGGAACAAAUACAUGAGUAAUACAUUUGAACCACUGAAUAAACCAGACAGCACCAUUCAGGAUGCUGGUUUAUACCAAGGACAGGUGUUAGUGAUAGAACAGAAGAAUGAAGACGGAACAUGGCCAAGGGGUCCUUCUACUCCUAAAAAGCUACUAGUGCGAAGUUGCUAAUAAACAGUGUAAUUUCCAAGUUAUAUCAAAGAAAGAGAGUUAAAGAACUCAGGUUAUAAUCCACAGAUUGACUAGUCAACCCCUACACUAACUCCACAAAUGUUAGCUAGGUUGGGCUAUGUGUAAUCUCGGUCAGAAGUUGGAAUCACAAUAGAUAAGUGAUCUAACUGUUAACCAUAAUGUCUGUAACAGGAGGUAAAAAGUGUUAUACUUUUAUUUAGCUGUGGAUCACGACAUCCAUCCUGCUCUCUCUGAUCUCCAUGCUCUUUAAGAACAAUCUCUCUACCAAUAGUAUUUAUCUCAAUGUUUCCUAGACCUCGUUCUUCCUUCGUUAUCUCCUCUCUCCUAUACAUAUAAAUGCCUAGCAUACUGCCACACGUAUAGUAGACACUCAGUUAACAUUAGUUUGUGCUUUUGUUUCUUUUCCAGUAUCAUCUUCCUUGCUAACCUAUAGAUAUAAACAGAUCUCUCCCAUCUUUUAAAACAAGACCAUCAGCUUCCUCUGAAUACUACUUAGUUUUUCUUCUAAUAGCCAACUUCUUUAAAAAGGCAGUGCUUACCAUUCCUUACCACAUAUUCAGAAUUUAACGAAGUCCUUAUUUAACUUUUUUUAAACCUAGUUUAUUUGACCUCUCUUUAAUACUUCUUUUUGAUAACUAUCUCCUAAAGAAAUUCUCUUAUUUUGAAUCCAUGAUACCAC